GUCAGGCAGGCCGGGUCAGCAACGUGCGGGCAGCGAGGUACCAGAGGAUCAGGCAGAGAAUGGUCAGGGUCACGAGCCGGGUUCAGAAACUAACGGGCAGCGAGGUACAGAGGAUCAGGCAGAAGGAUGGUCAGGUCAAGCCAGGGGUCAAGCAGGAGACAAUCAGCAGGGUCAGGAUCAAGCAGAGGUCGGCAACAGGAAACUUCACAAAUCAGAUGACAGGAACAGGACAAUAAGACCAAACGGCAAUUGCACAUACCUCCUGCCCCGUUUAAAUACCGCAUCCUGCGCUGUUAUUGGUGCCAGGAGCGUGUUCGCGAUCGCGAGUGCGCAUGUGCGGCCGUCGCUGCUGCCACGAUCGCCCAGGUCCCGCUGCCCGCUGGCUAGAGCGUGUC